AUGUUCAAGUUGGUAGAUAAUUAUGAUAAAGGGAGAUCGUUGAUUUUAGAAAAUAUUCUAUUCAAAUUGCAGAAUAAUAAUUUAUUAAUCGAUUUAUUGGACUACAAUCUCAGCGGCUCUUUACUAGGAAACGUACACGGUCUACUAGGAUUAAUAGAGAUACAAGGCUCUACUUACUUAAUUACGAUAAAUCAAUCUGUAAAAAUAACCGAAGGUAUCUACAAAAUCGUAAAGGUUCACUUUUACUGCUUAAAUUCACCAAAUUAUGACCUCAUCGACUCACCUGAAUUGGACUUCGAUUAUCAUCCUUGUCUCGAUAUAAAGAAACUGGUCGAAUUCGGCAACUUCUAUUACUCGAACAGCUUAGAUAUCACAAACAACGCCUUGAACUCAACUUCACCACCUAAGAACGAGUUCGUCUGGAACAAAUUCCUAAUAGAGAACUUAAUUAAUUGGAAGUCAAACUUGGAAACCCAUCAGAGGACUAUCAUAGAUCAGCAUAACCCUUUUAUCACCGUUAUACAAGGCGCGAUAUCUGUCUAUCCCCUCCCAAACCACGCUUCUUUGCAAGUUAUCAGUAGACUCUCAUCUAAAAGGGCUGGUACUCGAUUCUUUUCUCGAGGCAUCGAUGACGAUGGACAGGUCGCAAACUUUGUCGAAACUGAGACUAUCUUUAAAGACAAAAAUGUCACUUUCACCUACAAUCAAAUUAGAGGUUCAGUUCCUCUAUUCUGGGAACAACAAGGACUACAAGCAUUCGGUCAACGCACACAAAUAACAAGGCCAUUCCAAGCCUCUAAACCAGCUUUUGAGAAACACUUUUAUAAUCUGUUACAAUCUUACGAUGCGAUUCACGUGUUGAACCUUUUGGGUCAGAAAGAUCAUGAAGUUACUCUAUCUGACGCUUAUAACGCACACUUGGAAUCCCUUGAAACCGAUAAUUUACCAAUCACUUAUAGCAAUCUCGAUUUUCACUCCAUUUUGAGGAUGUCUGGUCACCAAUCUGUUAUAAAGCAGCUAGACAAUCAUCUUUACAAUGGUCAAGGACAUGGUCCAACUUGGUCAUUGAUCGAUAACAACACGAAUCAAGUUAUAAUUCGUCAGCAUGUCGUAUUUAGGAUAAAUUGUCUAGAUUGCUUGGAUAGGACAAACUUCGUUCAGGAUAUUUUCUCCAAGUCCCGUCUUAAAGAUUUCCUUCAGUCGACCAACUCUCCUUAUGCUCAAUCUGAGAGCUUUUGGCAAGCACAUAGGCAUUUAUGGGCAGAAAACGGUGACGCUUUGUCUAAACUCUACGCUGGAACGGGAGCUCUUAACUCGAGUUUCACUAGGACUGGCAAGCGCACACUAGCAGGUCUGUUCUCCGACGCUACAAAAUCCGUGACCAGAGCCUAUGUCAGUAAUGUGACUGACAAAUCGAAGCAAAGUUCAAUAGAUAUGUUUCUUGGUAACCUACCUUCACAGAAACCUGUUGAGAUAUAUGAUCCAGUUCUAGAUAUCGUGAGAUCUGAUCUUAACGACAGGGUGACUGAAUACUCAUCUUCACGUAAAAUAUCAAUCCAUGCGGGUACAUACAACGUUGCUGGUCAGAUACCAACUGAAGAUAUCUUACCGUGGCUGUUCCCCGAAGGGUCUGAAGAGCCUGAUAUUAUCGUCGUGGGAUUCCAGGAGCUUGUCCAAUUGACACCCCAACAAAUCAUGUCUACUGAUACAUUCCCAAGACAGAUUUGGGAGAGAUUCAUUCUCGAGACACUCAAAAGUCGACAGGAUAAGACGGAUGAAUAUAUUAUUCUCAGAUCUGAGCAGGUCGUUGGAUUGGCUUUGAUUGUAUUAAUCAAGCAAGGUCUCUCUAAGUCGAUUAGAUCGGUGGAGGGUGCACAAAAGAAAACUGGGUUGAAGGGUAUGUCUGGCAAUAAGGGAGCUGCUGCUAUUAGAUUACAGUAUGAGGAUUCUACUUUUUGCUUCAUUGCUUCGCAUAUGGCAGCUGGACAUAGCAAUAUCGAGGAGCGCAAUAAUGAUUACUUUACUAUAUCCAAUGGAUUGCAAUUCUUAAAGGGUAAAGUACCCGAGGAUCACGAUAACAUUGUAUGGGUUGGUGAUUUCAAUUAUAGAAUUGAUUUGCCAUAUGAGACAGCCACAAGCUUGGCCUAUAAUGACAACUAUGAGGAGCUACUAUCGAAUGAUCAGCUCCCACGCGCUAUGUCGAGAGGGAUAUUUAAAGGAUAUGAGGAAGCUCCGAUACUUUUCAGGCCGACGUAUAGAUACAAUUUCAACUCAGAUGUGUAUGAUACUAGCGAAAAGAGACGGAUUCCGGCGUACACUGAUCGAAUUCUCUACAAAAGCAAGUCGAAUCUGUAUGCAACUCGCUACGCAACGGUUGAUUUGAGAGGAUCUGACCAUAGACCUGUGUAUGCAACAUUCAGGACUGAUAUUCGGAAAAUAGAUCAUAUGAAGCGUGAUCAGUUAGCUAAAGAGAUACAGGCGAAUAUCCUAAAAACAGGUCCUAAUGAAACAAUAGAAGAGAAACUGAUGAAGCUGGGAAUAACUAGGAGACAACAUAAUCUGCCAUCACCUAGUAAUGAGAAGUCCAAUUGGUGGACGGACGAGGGUGAGUGCAAUUAUGAUAAGUAA